UGUUUCUGUGGAGUGUAGCAGUAUAUGAGGGGCGGAGACUUCAGAUCCAUCACAAUAAUCUCUCGCUCAGGAUCUGAAAGGAUAAAUCCUCAUGUCGGUGAAUGUGGAGCUGGAAUACAGACACACGGACUCGGUGCUGCUGUCUUGUUGUUUUUAGGCCUGUAGGAGGAUCUUUAAUCAUAUGGAUUUACUGUGCUUGAUGACACAAUGAGCAAUGAAGGAUUCCAACAGCAAGUAACCUGAGAAUCAACUCUCAGCUUUCAGUGUAUAUGGAUGAACACCCUUACAAAAGCAGGAUUUGAUCACCAGUAUACUACACACGUGUAGGUCUUCCAGUGUUUGCUGCAGUGCCUAUCCUGAGAAGUCCAUAUGGAUGGCCCCCUUUAAUGACCUCCAUUGAAAUGCUGAGAAGAGUAAUGGAUUUACUCUCCUAUCUGCAUCCCUCCUCUUAUUGCCAGUGUGCCUGGAUGCCGAUGAAUUUUCACAAACAGAAGAGACAGAGUGUGAUCAUCGUCAUAGUAACUGCAGGACUGAUGAAGCAAUGUGGCUAGAUGUCACAUGUUCACAUUAAAUGAAGAGCCACUGUUUUGAUGAUUCAAUCAUAUCCCAAUGUUGUGCUGUGAAAUCCUGCACAUUGAAAAAAAUCCAGUGAAUUAUAAUAAUUUUGCUCAGUUUGUCUUGCCCGUAAACAGCUGUGAGGUUGGUCUCUUUGUCAGGUACAAGGACUGCUGGGCACUAAUGUUGCCAAAGACAUAAACAUCGACCUCAAGUUGCUUGAGUAAUUGACUCUGGCUGCUUGCUGGAGUGCUGGAGAGGGCCAGGCUUCAACCUCAUGGCAUGGGUCAAACUGUUUAAAAAGCCUGGAGGCCACAUGGCUGGUACCGGUGCCUGGAGUGGGACGGGGCUGGGCAAGUCCUACCAGCCGGGCAGCAUGAUAUCUCUCGCCCUAACCAAAGGUCUUCUGAAUGAGCCAGGCCAAAAUAGCUGUUUCCUUAACAGUGCUGUGCAGGUUCUUUGGCAGCUUGACAUCUUCAGGAGGAGCCUACGACACCUCUCUGGCCAUUUCUGCCUGGGUGAUGCCUGUAUUUUCUGUGCUUUAAAGAGCAUCUUCUGUCAGUUCCAGCAGAGUCGAGAGCGUGCUCUGCCGUCAGACACCCUGCGUCAUGCUCUGGCCGAGACCUUUAAAGAUGAGCAGCGCUUUCAGCUGGGCCUCAUGGAUGAUGCUGCAGAGUGUUUUGAGAACAUUCUCGAAAGAAUACACCUGCACCUCGUUUCUGACUUGGCCUCAGAAAUGUGUACUUCCAAAUCAUGCAUCACCCACCAGAAGUUUGCCAUGACUCUCUAUGAGCAGUUUGUUUGUCGUAGUUGUGGAGCAUCAUCCGACCCUCUCCCCUUCACUGAGCUUGUGCACUACGUGUCCUCCACGGCCCUCUGUCAACAAGUGGAGCGCAUCCUGGAGAAGACAGACAGACUGCGCUCUGACAUGUUUGGUGAACUGCUGCAGGCGGCCAACACCAUUGGAGAUCUGCGCAAUUGCCCUAGUAACUGUGGUCAGAGUAUCAAAAUCAGACGUGUUUUGAUGAACUGUCCAGAGAUUGUCACCAUUGGCUUUGUUUGGGACGCUGAACAGUCUGACCUGACUGAAGAUGUCAUUCGCUCUCUGGGCCCAAACCUCAAUCUCUCGGGGCUAUUCUAUAAAGUCACUGAUGAAAAUGCCAAGAAAAGAGAUCUCCACCUGGUGGGAAUGAUCUGCUACUCUAAUCGACAUUAUCUUGCAUUCGCUUAUCACAGCAAGUCUUCCAAAUGGAUCUUUUUCGAUGAUGCGACUGUGAAAGAGAUUGGCUCCAAGUGGAAGGAUGUGGCAUCUAAAUGUAUCCGGGGUCAUUUUCAGCCACUUCUCCUGUUCUAUGCCAACCCGGAUGGAACUGCAGUGUCCAAUGAGGAUGCCCCCAGACAGACCACCAUGUGGUCCCAUCAUAACUUUCCCUUCAAUGGAAAUGGAACAGACACUCAUCUGUCAGGCUGUAAGAAUCUUGACAGUGUGAGGGAUGUGAGUCCUGGUUCCCAACGAACAAAUCAGGGAUCCCACAAAACAACAAUGCCGUCAUCAGCCAGUCGAUUUAAAGUGCUUCCAGAGAAUUCCAGGUUCCGAGAGUCUUUCAGAGAAGUUUCUCACCGAGGAGGAGGGCAAAGGAGAGAGACUGAAAGAAGUUACCAAAGAUCAGACUCUCUUCAACACAAAGAUUUAACAUAUCCUUGUUCAUCAUCUCCCCCUGAGAAUGAUCUGAGGUCUCAUUCUGACCAGAGGCAGAGAACUCUGUCCUCACGAGCCUCUAGACCUGAGAAUUCCUCAGUGCACCCUCGUGGAUCACUCCAGGACUCUCGUUCAAACCACGGAACGGCCAACAGCGCCAGCCGCCACAUCGAAUCUUCAUGCCUGACCCAUCGGGGGUCCACAAAUCUCCCAGAACGUAGCAAAUCCAAGCCUUCAUGGAGACCAGUGCGAGAAGUCCUCAAUGUAGACAGCGUGCUGAGUGAACUGGAACGACGUCAGCAACAACAGUGCGGGAGUCCUCGAUGUGUCCGCCGCUUCGGCCAGGAGAGAGGGCUGAUGAAGGAGAAACAAAAAGGUCUGAUGACUAUUUAUGAGGAUGAUGCACGGUUGGAGACGGAAAGUCAAAGCUCCCAGGAGUCUCAGCGACAGAUGAUGGUGACAAGCUCUAAAAGCGGUGCUCAUGUAGCACAGCGGAGUGAAAACUGGAUGAUCCAGAGGACAGAGUCAGGGUACGAGAGCAGUGAUAGGUUAAGCAGUGGCUCCACCAAUCCUGACUCUCCAGGUGUGGAGAACUUCACAGGCAAAGAACUCAGACAAAAUCAAGACACACAGCACCUCAGGGAUCAUGGUCGUAAUAAUCAAGGUGACUCAAAAAUGGAGGCAGUGCGUUCUCCAGUGUACCACAGUAAACAUCUGGUUAAAAUUCAGGGAAAGAACUCAGAACAUCUCAUGAAAGGCAGCCCAAGUUCAAGAAGGAAGCUUAGAUAUUCGUCCUGUGGCUCCAGGAAAGGGAGCAGCACAGAGAAGGACCCGUCACCCACUGAACUUCAAGCAGAGCAACAGGAAGUUUCUAUGCGAUGGCACCACAACCCAGAAAGCCCUGUACUGCACCGUCUGGGCAGGAUAAGCAGUUCAGAGUGUAACAGUUCUGAUGAACUCACUAACCCUCUUUCAGAGCAGGAAGACAGCGCUUACCGUUCCAGCACCAGUGAAGCCCCUCCACGUGAAUCACCUGGUCUGAAUCGCUCUAGUUACCCCUUGCAGCCAAGGGAAGAGUCAGCCAUAGCUACAUCGAUGCCAGCUCACUCCAAAUACGCACAACGGCCGAUUGAGAUCAAGACUCCACCCUUCCGUCCUAGAAUCUUACAGGAGCUGUCACAGACAAGUUGCAGAACAUCCAAUCGAGGCGUUCCAUCAUCACACACUACUGCAGUAUGCAAAAGGAUGGAAAUCAAUGGCACAUGCCCAAGCUCAGCAGAUGUGAUUUCAAAAUCAGGUUUUGACCAGGAGAGAGGGGAUCAGGUGUCCAGCGAGCCUGGAGAAAGAUCUUGUGGUUGGGAUAAGCCAUCUACUGCAGUGUCUUCAGGAUCUGGAGUAGCACUGACCACUUAUUUCUCUGUGGAUAAUUGUAUGACAGACACGUACAGACUAAAAUAUCACCACCAGAGGCCGCUGGUCCUCUCCCUGCCUGAGCCGAGAGGAGCUGUUAGAGAUGGGAGAGACACAGGACACUUGAGCCGCAUUGAGAAACAAUCUGAGCGUGCCAAAAAUAAGCCUGACUCUGGCAAUAGCAGCAAUAAGCCCACUGCAAAAUGGCAUCCUGUCGCUUCAAAAGGGCUGGAUGAACAUGGAUAUUUGUGAAGGUUAUGACCUUUUCAUCUUAAGGCAGUGGCGUAACUACCGGUGAUGUGAGCCCGCAGUGUGACGCUUCAGUCUCUUAAAAGAGCCAUCCACAGGAGGGCAGAAUGCACUUUGGCUUGAAUCAGUAUUUGCUUGUGAACAUGAAUGACCAUUUUAUGCUGAAUAUUGAAUUUCUUCAGUUGUAACAGGUAAUAUGUAAAAUAAUAAUAAUAAUAAUAAUAAUAAUAAUAAUGAAAUUUUCCUAGUCUUAAAGGCUGAGUCUUAAAGGAAUAUUCCGGGUUCAAUACAAGUGAAGCUCAGUCGACAGCAUUUGUGACAUGAUGUUGAUUGCCAAAAAGGUUGUUUUGACUCGUCCCACCUUUUCUUUAAGAUAAGCAAAAAUGUGUGUUCCAGUGAGACACUUACAAUGGAAGUCAAUGGGGUCAAUCUGUUUAACUGUUUCAAAAGUAUAGACACAAGAUGUAAACAAUAUGUGUGUUAACAUGAUUUUACGGUGAUAAAAUCACUUACUAACCACAUCUGUGGAAAGAUAUAGACAAUUUUACUACUUCGUUGCCAUGACGAUGUAAUGUAAACAAACCCUAAAAUGACUAAAAAUGACAAUUUAAACAACUUUACAGCUCAAAUAAUACAUGAGCUAUAACAGAAGAAUUAAUGUGUUUUUAUAAAAUUAUAAGUGUCACAUUUCUGCCUUUAAACCCUCCAAAGAUUGACCCCAUUGACUUCCAUUGUAAGUGACUCACUGUAACCUCAAUUUUUGCUUUUUUUAAUAAGAGGAGGGGUGAAUCAAAAUUAAUUUUUGUGGUAAUCAACAUUACGCCACACAUGCUGCUGAUUGAGCUUUAAAGACAAACAUAGUGAUUGUGUCCUUGGCUUUAAUUUCAUUGCAAAUGUACCUUUGUACAUACUCCCUAGAGGUUGUUUGUGCAGUGCCUUCCUGCGAUUUUUUUCAUGCAAAAUAUUGACAUGAUGAUUCAAAGUAGAGGAAUAAUGUAAAAUUAUAUCAACUAUAUAUUUUUGGAAAUGUCUAUGCAUUUAUUUUUAUUCUUUGUUUAAUAAACUUCAAAUGUUCAAGC